AUGAGUUUGCCAUUUAUCCGACCGCCAACAGGCAAAGGUCCCAAGCAGAGCUUGAAACUCGAAAUACCCUCGAGCGGGUUUGCCAAGGGACACUCCCGCGGCGAGUCCUGGACAUCGGACGACUCGUCGGAAAGUACGGCGUCGAUGAUGUCUCAGGACCAGUUCACUACAGAACUUGUGGCAAGGCUCGAGCUUGCCAACACUCCGGAAAACGCCUCGAUUGCCGGGAUGUCUCAAAAGCGUUGGCAGGACGCGUCCCAGAACGGUGACAUCGUGGAGAUUAAGCGGCUGGGGGAAGGCUCUGGAGGUUCUGUGAAGCUGUGUAAAUUAUGUGGUCACAACGAGCUUUUUGCAUUGAAAGAAAUUGCUGCAAAUCCUAAUGAAGACAUCCAAAAGCAAGUCUUACGAGAGCUGCAGUUCAAUUGCUCGUGUGCUAGUCCGUAUAUUGUCAAGUACUAUGGUGCUUUUCUGGGGGCAGACACAGGGUCGAUGUUUAUCGCUAUGGAAUACUGCGAGUACGGCAGUCUGGAUGCACUCAAAAAGAAAAUAAAAGAGCGAGGUGGCCGUAUCGGUGAGAAGGUCCUCGCCAAAAUCGCCGAGUCAGUUCUUCGGGGAAUCACUUAUCUUUAUGACCGCAGCAUUAUCCACCGCGAUAUAAAACCACAAAACAUUUUACUCAACAAUAAGGGCCAGGUAAAGCUUUGCGACUUUGGCGUCUCUGGCCAGGUUGUAAACUCUUUGGCAACAACAUUCACCGGCACCUCUUUCUACAUGGCACCGGAACGUAUCCAAGGCCAGCCCUAUACAGUUACAUCCGAUGUUUGGUCUUUAGGUCUCACCUUGCUAGAGCUCUCGCAGUGCAAGUUCCCGUUUCAGCAGGAUAACGAUACCCCGUUAAUGCCUAUUGAGCUGUUGGCGGAGAUUGUGAAGAUGCCGUCACCGCUGUUGCAAGAUGAACCUGAAAGUGGAAUCAAAUGGUCGAAAUCGUUCCAUCAUUUCACAAAAUGCUGCUUGGAGAAAGACCCCUCCAAGCGUCCUUCACCCCAGCACUUAUUAUCACAUCCCUGGAUUGUUGGACACGCACAAAAGACGGUGAAAAUGGACAAAUUCCUCAAAGAAUGCUGGAGCGACGCUUAG